AUGCUGGCCCUCGCGAUGCGACGCGAACACCCCACAGGACGGGGCGGCUUCGAUCCCGCCAACCCCCUCGCGGGCUUCGAGCACCUCCAGCAGGCCGGCCCCUUCGGCGCCCCUGCCGACCGCCUCCGCGACCCCGCCAACCCCCCGGAGAACGAGCCCGAGCUCCAGGAGUUCGUCGACAUCGCUCAGGUGCAGCAGCUGCUCCAGCAGCAGCACCACCAGGACCAGCACCAGCAGCAGCCCGCCCCCGGCGCCGGCGCCUCCUGCGUCUGGGGCGCCGUCUAUCCGCCCCCGCCGCCCGCCAUCGGAUAUCCUCAUCUCCAUCACCACCAUCAUCACCCUCCACCCCCAGGCGAGGUUGCGUGCCCGGCCGAGGAGGCCCCCGGGGACUCGCUCCAGAGGAUGACGAUGGACGGGAUGGAGGUCGUGGGCUCGCAGACCCACGCGGCCGCCAGCCCCUUCCUGCUCUCGUCGCCGCCCCUGGGCCACCAUCACCACCACCACCACCACCACCACCACGCGACCUUCAACCUCCAGGCGGUCCAGCUGAGCUUCGACGCCUGCCUGCCCUACAGCGCCGCCACCUCCGCGUCCGCCUCGGCCGCCUCCCCCGGCGCCGCCGCCCCCGGGCCCAAGGCCGCGCCCUCGCUGGCCCUGCACGCGCACCACGCCGCCCCCGGCGACGGCCCCGACCCGCCGCACCACCUGCGGCACCACCUGCAGCGCCUCGACGACCGGCACCGGCGCCCCGACGGGCCGCCCUCGCCCGCCGACCCCGAGCGCGCCGACGGCGAGCGCGACGACGACAAGGACGCCGCCCGGCCCGACGACCGCGACCCCCAGGACAAGGACAAGCCCGGCGACCUCAACACCCCCGUCACCACCAGCAGCGACCUGCCCUCCUUCUUCGGGCCCUCCGCCCUCGUCGAACCGCCUCCGAUCUCAGGUAGCCUGGCGGGCGAGGACCUCUCCCUGGAGGAGGCCACGGUAGAGGAGGACGAUGCAGGACCGGCGAGUCGGGACCACCAUCAGCAACAGCAGCAGCAGCAUCACCAUCACCAGGAGGUGCGCGACGUGGGCCAACAGCCCAACAGUCCCAGGCACCACCAGGACGACCCCGAGAGGUGCAACGUCCUCCAGGGGGGCGUGAUCCUGUACUCCGCCCCGCACUCGGCGCCCUCGAUCUCCUCGGCGCCCUCGACCAGCGUCAACAUCUGCAACGUUCCCACCCUGACCUACCGGGGGGUCUUCACGACGACCUGCACGCAGUCAUCGCCGUUGAACCCGCUCCAGACGCAGCAGCAGCAGCAGUCCUCGGCGAGCCAGGAACUCUGGAGCUCGCUGCCCUCGCCGACCCUGACCCUCUCGGGGCAGCCCUUCCUGCACCCCUCUCUUCACGCCUCUCCCUACUCGGGGGAGACCGUCGAGCUCCUCCAGGUCGAAUCCAAGCCCCCGGCCCCGCCGGGGUACCACGAGACCCCGACCUCCACCUCCGCCUGGCUGACCCCGCACGAGGAGGCCUACGAUCCCAACCUCCUGGGCCACCACCCGCACCCGCACCCGCACCACCACCACCAUCACCACCAUCACCAGGAGGCCGCGCUCAAGCAGGAACCGGUCCCUGCUGCCGGGUACAACGCCAACGUGCAACAGCAGCCGCAGCAGCAGCAACAGCAGCCCCAGCAACAGGGCACCACCAGCUCCACCGGGGUGCAGCUCGCGGAGUACAACCCCAGCACCUCCAAGGGGCACGAGAUCCUCUCUCAGGUGUACCAACAGAGCGCUUUGCCGCUCAGGCUCGUCCCGGUCAAGCCCAGGAAGUACCCCAACCGACCCAGCAAGACUCCCGUCCACGAGAGGCCCUAUGCUUGCCCCGUCGACGGCUGCGAUCGCAGGUUCUCCCGCAGCGACGAGCUCACGCGGCACAUCCGCAUCCACACCGGGCAGAAACCCUUCCAGUGCCGCAUAUGCAUGCGCUCCUUCUCCAGGAGCGACCAUCUUACCACCCAUGUACGCACUCACACCGGGGAGAAACCGUUCUGCUGCGACCAGUGCGGCAGGAAGUUCGCCAGGAGCGACGAGAAGAAGAGACACGCCAAGGUGCACCUCAAACAGAGGAUGAAGAGGGAGGCCACGCACUCGAAUUCAAGGAGCCACCAGCAGACCCACGCCUCGCCCACCUGUAAUCAGUGAUCGGCAUCGAACCUGGACAUCGCCCGGGGAGAGACCCGCCGGCGAAGACCCACCUCGCGCCGAUGACUUCCUCCAGAGGAACUUUCUGCCUUUUCGUGUCUUUCGGAUCUGUCCGAUCGUCCUUUCCCCUGACCGUGUCCCGGACACGUUAAACCCGGUCGCUCCUCCCCGCUGCGAGCAUCCUCCUCCCCUUGUCCUCCUCCUUAUCACCCGUCGCCUAUCACUCGCCUCCCCUGUCGCAGCGCCGACCACCACGCCAUCUGUAAUUAUUAUCGUGAUCAUUGUUAUUGAAUGGGAAUUCUCGUGUGUACAUAUGUAUAUAUAUACCGAGUCACAUGGAUAGGUACGUUGUUGUAGGUAUACAUAGGUAUAUAUAUAUAUGAUUAUAUGCGCGCGGGGCGCGGGGACGCGCUUCACGGGCCUCCGUAACUAAAUGGUGGACUCUCGCGAUUCCCGAUUCUCUUUCGAAUUUAUCCCGUGAAGCACGACGCGAAGAGCUCGGGGCGUCUCGGAGGAGAUCGAACGUCCUCCAUAUUUUCUUCUCCGUUCAUUUCUUAUGCCGGAAUUAAAAUGGCUCCAUCUUGAAAUACUCGAUUCUCGUAAAAGUAAAAGAAAGUACACCCGUUGGGUGUUUUUUUUUUUUUUUCGCGAUAUUAAGGUCUCGUCGAAAUUGGUCAUCGCGGUGAGAUCAUUCGAGGGUUAAGGGAGGAAUCUUGAAAGGCAUUUUUGACAAUGGAGAACGAAUGGGGACGCUCGAUUUCCUCGGUGCUCGCCGAGGACGGUUUUCAGGAAUCGUUAGAAUCCCUGCAAUUCUCGGCUGCUUUUACCCUUUGGCUAGGAAAAGCGCCUAAAGGCGUCCGACGUUUGGUCCAAUAUUGCCUGCACGGUUAGAGGAAUUUCGUCC